AACCAGGGGCUUAUCUUCUCUUCUCAAGAUACCAUGGCGUCCCCUUGCUCAAACGUGACCGACCUCGAUUCAGUUUUCCACUCCUUCGAUAAAGAUGGAGACGGGAAGAUCUCAGCCGCGGAGCUAACAGCCUGCAUGAGGAACAUCGGCGAGGAGCUGUCGCUGGAGGACGCGGAGGCCUUCGUCGAGUUAGCCGACCGCGAUGGGGAUGGGCUGUUAGAUUUGGAGGAUUUUGUGAAGUUGGUGGACGUGGAAGGGGAGGAAGAGAGGGACAGAGAUUUGAGAGCAGCGUUUAAGAUGUAUGAAGAUGAAGGGGACGACGGCUGCAUUACACCAGGGAGCCUGAAGAGGAUGCUCAGCCGGUUGGGCACGUCGAGGGGCAUCGACGAGUGCAGGACCAUGAUUUGCAGGUUCGAUCUCAAUGGAGAUGGAGUGUUGAGCUUUGACGAGUUCAGAAACAUGAUGAUGAUGGUAUAAGCAGUUGUUUGAUAGAGAAUCAGAUGUAGUAAUAGCAAGAGUUGCACUCGUGCAUGUCUUUGGAGGAUUGUAUUUCUCAUCGUUAUAUAUUGUACAACCAUUCUUCUAUUUAAACAAAUUUAUUUAUUUAUUUAUAUAUU